GGUCAGUUUUUUUCCCUCCCUUCACAAUCGUUUCUGACUUCAUCACUUCGUCUUCGUCUUCGUCUUCUUUCGGCCGUUGCCGGCGAUAAACCUGUUUAUUGUUUUUAGUGUUCACAGUGUUUUACUUCUCUCUUCUUUAUUAUUUUUUAUUAUUGUUCUUAUUUCGUUUGCCUGCGCGCGCGGAACGGACGGACGCGGCCGCAGCUAUCACCAUUACUAUUGCUACUUCACGGAUAAGCUCCCACCGCCAGCGCAGAGUAGACAAAGACACAGAAAGAAUUCCAAAACGUAAGCGCCAGCAGACACGAUCACUAGUGGGAACUCUUCUGUGCCUUUUCUUUUCUCUUUUAUCAUUUUGGCAAGGGAUAUAUAUAUAUACAUAUUCUCUUCGACGCCCUUGUACAGCGGGCUCCUCAUUUACUCUUGUCACUCUUGUGCGCUUCAUAUCGCGUGUUGACGUUGCAUCGCUUCACGUUGGCAAUUCGUGGCGUCGCCGCCCUGCACUUCUACGUGUUCGUGUGUGUGUGUGUGUGUGUGUGUUUGCGGGUCUCUCUCUUCUGUCUUCUUCUUCCCUUUCUCUCUCUUGGGGUGGCACUUUUGUCUUGGUCUCGCUCUUACUUUCACAUAUAUAAUUUGUUUUUUUUUUUCUCUUGGUGCGUGCUGCGUCGAAUCGCGUCUGUGCAGCGGGCCACUCGCCGUUGUUUUAAAAUAUCGACCUGUCUCCUCAAACCCGGCGUUAUCGGUUUUACCUCCCCGGCAGUGAAGCGAUCACCUGAACUAAGCUGACAUUAUUUUCUUAAGAAAGGGAAAAGAGAAAAAGCGCGGUAAAGGAUCUUCGGCUUUUGCUUUCAGCCACCUCUGUGGACGAAGCGUUGACCUAUUGUUUUUUUCCUCUCUUCAACUUUUCUGCUCCCACGCACUUUCCUGUCGGUGACGGCUUGCAAGGAUUGUUCGUAUUCACGGUGCCAACGCUCUGCUCACCUCGUCCAAACUGAACUACCCUUUCACUGCGUUACUCCAUACGUUUACCUGUCUGCCGAUUUUCCUGUGACGCUGUCACACUCGAGCGUACUGGUGUCUUUCUCUCUCUCUGUGUGUUUGUUUGCUUUAUUUCCUGGUGCAACAAGAAAGAAAGGGCUUUUUCAUACAUAUAUGUGUGUAGUGCGUGCCAGUGUUUCAGAGCUGCUUCCUCUACAUCUUUCUUCUCUUUUCAUAUUCCUUCUUUCACCGUAAGUACGAUAGUUUUUUUCUUCUUCUUUUACUUGGUUGUCGCCUCGCGUGUCUGUGCUUGCGUGGAGCUGGAUUUGUGAAUAUAUAUAUAAAUAUAGGGAAAGACAAGAGGAGGUAUAAAGUGAACUGCAAGUACACGUCGUCUUCUUCUUUUUUCGAUCUUUCUUCUUACGUUUUAUUAUUAAUAUCAUUAUUUGAUCUCCGUGUGAAACAGCCUGCGUUGUUGCCGGUUUUCCCUCCUUCCCUUCUUGUCUCUCUCCUCUCAUCAUCAUCAAGCGCGCACAGUAUUCUUUCGCCGGUCAUUCUUCUUCCACGCCUCUGUUGUUGUUGUUGGAGGUUUUCUUUUACUAUUUCAAUUACCGCUGUCAACCUGUCCUUUUCCUUUUUUUUUUCGAAGUAGAAGGUAAAAACCGAAUACUCCCACGAAAAGGUGCCGGUUUCAGCAGAAUGGGCGCGCUACCGAGCAGGGAGAGCCAUGAGGGGCCGAACACCGUGUACUUCGGCAACAACACCGGUGUGGUCACCUUCCGCCUUCCGAUGACUCCACACUUUUUCCCCAGCGCCGACUGCCUGGCCUUCAAGGAGGUCCACCGGGUCCGCGACAGUCAGUCCUGCAAGUACAGCUUCAACAUUAGAGAAGCGUCCGCAGUGCUGCCUGAGGCGGCCGCGAAGGCAUUCACGUUGGCUCAGGAGGAGUACUGGGGCCCCGAGGCCGAAGUUGUCGACCCAAGCCUGCACUACCACGACGAGGAGGUGCAGGCGCGCUUGGCGGAGAGCGGCCACAGUCGAGGUGAAAAGCAGUCCAAAAGCAAAGGGAGCGUGGCUGCCAGUCAGCACAUCCGCCGCUCCGUUGAAUGUCGCCGUGAACUCUAUCAGAUGCUCGUAAUCAACCCAUCAACGAACGCGCUCAUCGACACCGACGCGGAAAUGCUGGAGAUCUUCCUAGCUGACCAGCGCUGGCGCGCUGCACGAGACGUGGUGCGUCGUCAUCACGCCUACGCCCGACAGCAACGCAUGACGGAGGUGGAGCGGAGUCAACUCGACAGCGCCGAGGUGGUGGACGUCGAUGUCAGCGCGGCGGAGCUGGAGGUGGCUGAGGCGGUGCCGCCGCCGCGCAAAUGGCUGCGGCCGCUGCCUGAAGUAGUGGUUGAGCGAAUGUCAAUGGAGGACGCGUGUGCGGCGCACCGUGCCUAUCGCGAGCGAGGCGGGGACUUCUCCACCACAUCAACCCAGCAGCAGCAGCAAGUUCCAUCCAGCAAGACGAGUACACCGCUCUCAGCCAGCGGCAACGCUGUGGAUCGACAUGAUAUGCGCUGCAACCAGCGUCGUGGCCCCGCUGACACAGAUGUCAUCCACCGCACCGGCGACGCCGUGGCGCUGAGUGUAUUGGAUGUCCAAGGACGACAGCCGUUUGUGGAGAACACCACGUUGAAUGAGGAGAUGCUUAAGUCGUACCCCUCCUUCCAGGACGACCACCUCCCGUUUGAGAUGGACGAGCAGUACAUGGACGGUCGCGUGCACAUGGUCGCCUACGAGGGCGUGAACUACUUAUUCGCCUACAACCCCGCAUUCGUACGGGCGAUGGGGAAGACGGCGGUGUUCGACGGCAGCCUCGUCGAGGAGCGCCGGCGGCACUCUGGCGCGGUGCAGAGCGAGCGGUGUCGUCGGCGCUUCACCACGACCCACACCGUCGCCACGCGCCAGGCUGAUGACUUCGAUGACCCGAACCAGCGCCGUGCGUAUGAGAUCUUCCAGCCUGUUUAUACCCGAUACUACAUCCCCGUCAUCCCGGUGCGGGUGCUGGGCGUCGACGGCUUCAUCCCAUGCCGCGCGGAGGACGGCGAUAGCAGCGACGCCAUCAACGACGCUACGACGGAGCUGAGAGGUGCGCCGUGGAUGCGUGGCGUUGCCGGCGGCAACAACAGCGAGGUGGUGGCCAACGAAGAAGACCAACGAGAGGAGGAGCGGCAGCUCCUGCAGAAAUACGGUGUGCCGCCCCCGCCGGUGCUGCGUUCUUGCCGCUUCAUCCACGCUGUGAUUGGCGACAAGAUUCUGAAUCGCAUGACGGUGCUGGGCUGCAUGACGUUCCGCGAGCGCUGCAUCGACGCGGGCUUGCCGGACGCGAUUGCGUGCCCGCUGUGGGGCGUCCUGGCAGUGAGCGACAUCCCGCAGCUGCAGCUCCAGCGCGAAAUCGAGCUGCGACUGCUCGCCGCGAUACACGAGAUCGACGACGGCGACAUGCGCGUCCGCGACGCACUCGCGCGGCAGCACCGCUGGAACGACUACGUGAACUUCACGAACAGUCCGAUGUACGGCUUCAUCGUCAGCGCCCCGCCCGAGCGGCGCUUCCGCACGGAUGCAGACGGCAAACUAAAAGAGGUGGACGAGGCGGAAGGGAAUGCGAAUGAGCAGGAAGGGACGGAGAGUCGCAGCCGGAGCGGCUCUGUGAACGAGCGGGAGAAGGAUGAAGAACAACGUCCUCGACAGCAGCGAGGAGGCAGAAGGGAAAACAGCAAUCACAGCAGCGGCGGCAACACGAAGAGCACGAUGGACGAUGCUGGUUCGCCGAAUUCCGCGAAGGCCCAGCGCACGCCCCACGAGAUCCAUGUAGAGAGCAGCAGCAACGUCAGCAGCAAUAACAACAACGGCGGUGGUGGCGGUGCUUCGGGCAAGGAGCACCCUGCGCUGGCGCUCAGCGUCGCCGGGGCAACGAGCUCGCCCAGCAGCGACACGGAGAGCCGUGACGAGCACAGCGGCAGCACGAGUGCGCGCAGUGCGGCCCACAACAUCGCGCCCAUCGCGAUUGUCGAUCACGUGAACGGUGAAGGCAACGGGGUAAACGCGCUGCCCACGAAGACGGCAACGGCCGGCGCAUCGUCUGCGGUUGUCGGUGGUGUUGGUGGUGGGGCGGCACGUCUGAAGCGCACACGUGACGGCCAAACGUGCGUUGGCGGCUGCGCGAACCUCGAGACGGCCGACAACAACGACGACGACGAUCUUCAGUGCUUGGCGGAGCCGCCGGUCGAACUGGCGUGUGCCUGGUCCUUCAAGCGUCGCCGGCUCGGGAUUGCAGAAGAAGUCGUGGUGAACCCCAACUACAGCGAGGAGGACUGGAUGCCGAUGGUGAACCCGCUGACGAAGGACGUCGCGCUGGCGAUGCUGGGCAUCCGGUUCUCGAUGCGCGGCCGGGUUGCACUUGUCCGCUACAGCGGCGGCGCGGUGCAGAAGGUGCUGUAUUACCUCUCGCAGGCCUCGGCUCCCAUCUUCUGUCUCCCCUACGUCGGACCACCGCAGCAGUGCGCGAACGUGUACUUGGAGAACGUGCUGCGGCUGCCGCCGCAAAGGGAGGGAUUGAGGGCAGUCCCACAGAACGGACUGCCGCCGCCCACGCCGGCGCAGAUCGCGUCUGCCAUGGCCGCCUACCGGCAAGGAAAGGCGAGUUGCUACGUGUGUGUGAAUCUGAACGACCGCGCCGUCAACCCGCCGACGUCGUGCGUGCGCAACCACCGCCGCGACGACGCGCUCAUGGCCGAGGCGACGGCGGCGGGGAUCACGUCGCGACUGAUCUUAGCGCAGAUGCCGCUCAAAGCCGACGCCCGCUGUGCCUUGGAAUGGUAUCGCAAGUCACUGCCGCAUGGCGGGCCUCCGUCCGCGGCAGCUGUUGCGGGGGACGAGCAGCAAGGUAAUGCAUCGAGCACGCUGGACGCGGCGUGGCCGUCCCUGUUGGAUGCGCCGGCGCCGUGCGACGGAGACGUCCUCGUUGUCUGCCCCCGCACACACCGCUGGAUUCGUAUCACGACGCUGAUGCUGCUGUCCGCUCUGCUGCUCGUCCACAAGAAGAACCGCGAGAAGACCGAGGAGCUCGCCGUGCCGGUGCCGGUGCUGGAGCUGUUCAACGACGAGUACUUCCCCACAGAGCUGGAGAUCUGCUACGAGGCGCUGAUACACAAGAACGUGGACUCGGAAGGGAUGCAGUGCCACCUGCUGCACAUGCGCGGUUCCUUCUCGUACAACGGAAUAGUGGAGCUGGUGCUGGACCGACUGCGGACGGUUGUCGAUCUCGAGAAGUACGAGGACAAAGAUGACGCAGGGUGGUUGGUGCUGCGCGAGCCGCCAGCACUGGCCGGCGAGGCCCUCGCGACGCCGACCUCCUCGCAGACGUCCUCUCCCACCACUGCGACCUACCCAACGAGUAACACGACUUCGGCAUCGUCCACCUCGCACGUCGACUACGGCCUGCCCAACUCCGGCGCCGCCGCCCUCACGAAUCGCAGGUACAUGGAGAGUGGCUCGUACUUCAUCUGGAGUUUCCAGCUGCUGGGGCAGCGGUUCUUCUUCGGCACGAAGCCGCGCUUCAUCCGACUCGCGUUGCAGCGGCAGAAGCAGAAUCAGCGCCGGCGUCAGAAGAGAAAGGAGCGCGAUGCGGUGGCGGGGUCGAUGAACGCACCGGCGGAGUCGACGACCACGAACACCACCCACACAACUGCAGCAGCAACACCAGCAACGAAGAACCACAAGCGUGGCGCCGAUCGAACAGGCACCGCCACGGCCCCUCGCUCCACCACUGCCGACUUCUCCUCCCCGGCGAACACCUCCGAGUCCGCAGGCAACCUCAGCAGCCUCAGCGACAGCGCGAGCUUUUCUCCUAAGACCACCAUUGCCCCCAUCCCCAAAGCCUCCCCCGCGCAUCCGAAAGGUGCUGGCGUGGAUGCUUGUAUGCCCAUCACAGCCGCCGAUCGAGCGCAGCUGGCGCACAACGCCCUGCACGCCUCCGCGCACCCUCCAGAGCACCGGCACGCACCUCCGCCGCCGUCGUCGUCGUCGACGCACAUUCCAUACGCGCCGCUGCACCUCGUCGCGGAUGAUCGCCUGAACAGCGACGAGGGCAGCGAGAUACGCGAGUGCCGUCAGCGCCAUCGCCAGUGGAUGGAGGCGCGCGGUGUCUUCGUUGCGUCUACGUGCGCAGGCGCAAACUUGCCGCUGAGCGCAGCAGCUGCAGCAGCUGCGGCGGACACGUCGAAGUGGGCGUAUCCACCGCUGGCGGGUCAGCAGUCGUGCCGGCGCCGUCUUGUUGUGCCUAUCGCACCGCACUGUGUCGGGCUGCCGCGCUAUGUAAGCUGCGAUGACCUGCAGAAGGGCGUGAGCGGCGUCGCAGAGGCUUUUAACAGCGCGGUACCGGUGCAGCGGUCGGGCUCUCCUCGUGUGGUGGAUGCGGAGAGGACCAGCUUUCGCUGGGAUCCGUAUCGGACGGGGCAGUGA